ACUACAUUGCUAUAAAUGGUGGCUCAGAGGUUAUACCUGCAUUCAGGCAUUACAAGGAGAGCACAGGUAGCAGGCACACCAGUAUUGUAAAUGGCACAUGGUAGGUGGAGGGCCCUGGUACAGAUUGGGCCCAUUAGCUUUACAUUACCACAUUCACCCAGUGUGGCCCUUAUCAUCUGCUCUUAUGAGCUCCAUUGUUUUUUCCCCACAUCCUGCAGUUCCACUAGUGCCCUCUAGGGGCGCACUGCCUGAAGGUCUAAUGUAUGUGCACAAGUGACGCUCUCUCUGAUUGGUCGCCGAUCCCUUUCUCUACUUGAGCUGAAGAAUAUAUUUAGAAGUGGAAAAUCCCCGAUAACCCCACUACCCGGUUAAUAUUAAUACUGUCAUGGAUCAAGGGCACUCUCACAUCAUAUUCACAGUCUUCAUAAACCCACAAAACCUUAUUACUUCCUACAGAGGGAGCGAACCAAUCAGUAGUCGAUAUUCUGUGGUUGCUAGGCAGAUUAUGCUAAUGCGGGGAAAGACACCAUCUCUGCAGCUACCAUUCUGAGGUAAGAACGGGUUGGGAAUUUUCAUUUAAAUUAAGAAAUGUAAUGGCUGAAGCGGGGCGGACCGGGCGCCAUGGGCCCUCAGAUACCCCGAGCCAUGUCACUCAGACUGACCAUACUGUUUAUGAGUGGAGACACUGUAGACAGAUGAGCUCUCUGUAUUCAGAUCCCGAGGUGGAGAGUAGUCGCUGAGUUGGACCUCUUCAUUCAUAAUGGAUUCCAAGCAAGAAAGUCCUGAUGUGUGGCCUCCUGCAGAAGACGAGACGUCCAAUACUACCCAGGUGCAUUUUGUUCGAGAUGGGGGAGCUGUUGCACAGAUAGUCUACAGUGAUGACCAGGAUCGGCCACCGCAGCAGGUGGUUUACACUGCAGAUGGCUCUUCGUUCACUUCAGUGGAAGCCUCAGAACACACCUUGGUGUAUAUUCACCCUGUGGACGGCUCACAGACGCUUUUUACUGACCAGCCCCAGGUUGCGUAUGUCCAGCAAGAUGCCACCACACAACAGGUUACGGUAUUGCUGCCACCAUCACGAACCAUGAAUGCUGCAAACCUAGCUCUGCUCAGCAGUGUCCCCGAAUCUGCUCAAACUAUGUCAUUAGAACCAGUGCCACAGCCAUCGUUGUCAGUACAUGACAGCAGCUUACCUCCUGUGGACGGUACAGCAGAUAUGACCACACUGCAGAACUCAAGUGCUCAUUCUCAAGCAAAGGAUGAUGACGAUGAGGAAGACGAGGAUGAUGAUGAUGAGGAUGAUGAUGAUGAGGAAGAAGACGAUGAAGAAGAGGAUUCUGAUGAGUGGGAACCAGAUCCACCUCGACCCUUUGAUCCCAAUGAUCUGUGGUGCGAGGAAUGCAAUAAUGCCCAUCCCUCUGUGUGUCCUAAACAUGGAGCCCUCCAUCCAAUUCCUAACCGCCCUGUUUUAACCCGAGCCCGAGCCAGUCUGCCUUUAGUCCUAUACAUUGAUCGCUUUCUUGGUGGGGUUUACUCCAAACGCCGUAUUCCCAAACGCACACAGUUUGGGCCUUUGGAAGGACCUUUAGUUAAAAAGUCAGAGCUAAAGGAUACCUACAUCCAUCUGAAGGUUUUAUUGAAUUCUCUGGAGACUCAGGAGCCGUAUCAAGAAGAUCUUUGGUUUGAUUUAUCUGAGGAGAGCCUCUGUAACUGGAUGAUGUUUGUACGUCCGGCGCAAAAUCACUUGGAACAGAACCUGGUGGCCUAUCAGUACGGACAGCACAUAUACUACACUACAAUUAAGAAUAUUGAACCCAAACAGGAGUUGAGGGUUUGGUAUGCUGCGUCAUAUGCAGAGUUUGUAAAUCAAAAGAUUCAUGACAUUUCACAGGAGGAAAGGAAAGUUUUGAGGGAGCAAGAGAAGAAUUGGCCGUGUUAUGAGUGUAAUCGUCGCUUUAUGAGCUCAGAGCAACUACAGCAGCACCUAAACUCCCACGAUGAGAAACUGGAUUUUUUCAGCAGGGCAAAGGGACGUGGUCGAGGUAAGACGAGGAGGAAAUUUGGACCUGGAAGGAGACCGGGGAGGCCUCCAAAAUUUAUGCGUUUGGAAAUGACAGGCGAAAAGUGCAGUCUUGGAAGUCAGGACCUUCUACACUUCCAGAAUAAACAGCCACAGUUUGAAGACAGUAGCCCGUCCACAAUGAAUGGCCUUGACCUGUCAGGACUAUCCCUGGUCCCAGCAACACAAAGUACUGUGGAUCCCCAGGCAGAGAGCCAACUUUUACAGCCUCAUUCAUCUGUGCAGUCCAUAGAAACCACAUUGGAAAGUACCUUGACCGCUGAAGACAUGCGAAGAGCCAAACGCAUCCGGAAUGCCGCCCUGCAGCAUCUUUUUAUCCGAAAGACGUACCGGCCAUUCAAAUGCCUGCAGUGUGGAAAGGCCUUCAGGGAAAAGGAGAAACUUGACCAACAUUUGCGCUUCCAUGGCCGAGAUGGCAAUUGUCCUCUGACCUGUGACAUCUGCAACAAGGGUUUUAUCAGCACCAGUUCCCUGGAGAACCACAUGAAGUUCCAUCUGGACCAGAAGACUUAUUCCUGUAUCUUUUGCACAGACUCCUUUGACCGUUUGGAUCUUCUGAAAGACCAUGUUGCUGUGCACAUAGUGAACGGCAGCUUCAGCUGCCCAACCUGCAAAAAACGCUUCUCUGACUUCAUUCAGGUGAAGAAACACGUGCGGAGCUUCCACUCUGAAAAAAUUUACCAGUGCACGGAAUGUGAUAAGGCCUUCUGCAGGCCAGACAAGCUACGUCUGCACAUGCUCAGACACUCUGACCGAAAGGACUUCCUCUGUUCUACAUGUGGCAAGCAGUUUAAGAGAAAGGACAAGCUGAGGGAACACAUGCAGCGCAUGCACAAUCCGGAGAGAGAAGCCAAGAAAGCAGAUCGCACAGGGCGCACCAAGGCAUUCAAGCCACGCAUCGCCUCCACAGACUAUGAAAGCUUCAUGUUCAAGUGUCGCGUGUGUAUGAUGGGCUUCCGGAGAAGGGGCAUGUUGGUCAAUCAUUUGUCAAAGAGGCAUCCAGAAAUGAAGAUAGAAGAAGUUCCUGAGCUCACAUUGCCAAUUAUCAAACCCAACCGCGACUACUAUUGUCAGUACUGUGAGAAGGUUUACAAAAGCGCAAGCAAGAGGAAGGCACACAUCCUGAAGAACCACCCGGGAGCAGAGCUCCCUCCCAGUAUCAGAAAGCUCCGUCCUGCCGGACCUGGAGAGCCGGACCCCAUGUUAAGUACUCAUACCCAACUAACUGGGACAAUUGCAACACCCCCCGUUUGCUGCCCACACUGUGCCAAGCAAUACAGUAGUAAGACUAAGAUGGUUCAACAUAUACGUAAGAAACAUCCAGAGUUUGCACUGCUGCCCGUCAGCACACAGACUACCAUGAUAAAUGCAGCCCCUACAGUGCUGACAGCUGAUGGCGCCAGUGGAGAAACUGUGGUGACAACAGAUCUUCUGACACAGGCAAUGACUGAGCUGUCACAGACUCUGACUACAGAAUACCGCACAGCCCAGGGUGACUAUCAGCGCAUACAGUAUAUCCCAGUGUCACAAGCAACAGCUGGCAUGCAGCAACCUCAGCAUAUACAGCUACAGGUGGUGCAGGUUGCCCAGGCUCCGUCACCCCACCAGACCCAGCAUUCCACUGUAGACAUGGGGCAGCUGCAUGAAUCCCAAGGAUACAGUCAGCAUGCCAUCCAGGUCCAGCAUAUCCAGGUGACUGAGCCUUCCCCAGGCACCCAGGCCUCUUCUCAGGUAGGGGCACAGACUCUCAGUCCCUCAUCGCAGGAAGCAGAGCAAGAGGUCAGUCCUUCAGACAUGCAGACCCCGACCUCCCAGACUCAGACUAACUCGACAGUGCAACAUGCCUACCUGCAAAGUGGUUGGAACUCUUUCCGAGGUUACCCUUCGGAGAUCCAGAUGAUGACAUUACCUCAGGGUCAGUAUGUCAUUACAGAGGCGGCUGUGGGCACCUCGGUUACCCCAGUAAACAGUGGCCAAGUUAAGACACACUACGUCAUCUCUGAUGGGCAGACCGAUCUGGACAUGAAGAAGGCUGCUGCUCUAACAGAGGAGGUGGUCACCAACCAAGACCACAUGGAGCAAACCUCUGCCAAUCCAUCACAAACCACACAAUACAUCAUCACCACCACCACCAACAUGAACGGGAGCAGUGAGAUGCAUAUCGGCAAGCCCUGAUGUGAGGCUGCACAUGGACCGCUAUAGCAAUGGCUCAGAGCCUGUGCUAGGACACCCUCACUACAAGAUUUCUGUCGUGUGAACUAUGGCAAUAUAUUGUUCUCUCUCACCGCUUUGAAAGAGUCUUAACUGUGACAAUUUGCAGCAUAGUUUGGCACACACAAUUCUGUCCCUUUAAACCCAUCCUAAUACUUCAGGGGUUUACGGGCAGUGGUCCGCCUGUUAUCCGGCUGUCCAGCACGGCAUCACCUUGCCUUCUCUCAUUCCAUGUAGUCAUGCCCCAUAGGUGUACAUAAAAAGGGGAUGAGUUACAACAGCAGAGUGUUCCUAAUGGAAAGGUCCAGGUGGUCCUGCGGUCGGCUGUAGCAGGUACGGGCAUAAACUGAGUGACUGUGGAAAAUGAUUUUAAAAAGACGCUUCAGCCAUAUUGUUUCCCAGUAACGUCAUCCUAUGGUUGUUCCUCGGGAUAUACUGGAAUCACAUGUACAGCAUUGGAAAGAUUUAUUUUUAUUUUUUUGCUGCAGUUCUUUUUUUUUUUUUACUUUUAGAAACCUGCUGAAAGCUCGGUUUUAUCAACUUACAUUAAAUUCAUUUUCAGACGUAAGCGUCUCAGGCUUCAUUUACGUGCGGUAUUUCCGAAGUGCCGCCUUGUGUGUGAUUACACCAGUAUACUGACCAAGUCUUCGAGGGAAGCAGCAGUUGCUGUGUAUUGGUUACAAGACCAUCGCAAUGUCUCCUGUUUUCCACUAGAGCCUCUCUGGCUGAACAGGAUGCUGGUAAAUUCUCCUCCGGUCCCAUCUACGCUCGCUUAUCAGGGCGACACUGUGGUCCUGACGUGAUGUAAUUUCUGUAAAAUAAUUUUAUAGUCCCAGAAUGAUUGACCUCUGUCCCCAAAGUGCAAGAUACUGUGAAGAUUACGACCUCUCUAUAGGUCUGUCCACGACUAGAACACAAGGGAGGAUGGACAGAACUGGAAAGUGUUUUCCGCCUGGUUGGAAUCGCCGUUCUCCGUUUCUAAAACAGGAAUGUAUUUUAACAGUUGUAACUUGAAAUGUAUGAAAACAUAUUCCUCUGUUCUACACGUUUUCAAGUAUAUUUAUAAAGUAUUUAUUUUUACCUGGGCCUCAUCCUGCUGCAUUAAACAUGU